AUGAGCAAUUUGGGAGGACUUGAGAAAGUCGGGGUUAUUUACGGCAGUACUCCGUUUGAGGACUGCAGAAACGGUUGGAGGAGGUCAAGAUAUCAUGAGCCAGUGUUGUUUGGGAUUAAUGGAAGAGGAAGAGGAGGAGGGCAACAGCAUUUCUUCAAAAGGCACACCAAAUGGCAACUCUCUUCUUCCCUCACAUGGUCCAUCUCUACUGCAGGUCCGGUCGUUGAAAACCAAAAGAAUGUGAGAGAUGAAAUGAAAGCGAAGAAGAACGAAAAAGAAGAAGAAGAAGCAUUUGUGGUUCCAGACAACAACGCCUUUGGUCAUUCUUUUAGGGACUAUGAGAAAGAGAGCGAAAGAAGUGCUGGUGUUGAACAAUUCUAUCGCACCAAUCACAUCAACCAAACCUACGAAUUCUCGAAAAAGAAGAGGGAAGAGUAUGGGAAGCAUGAUAGGGCGGAGAUGAGUAUAUGGGAAUGCUGUGAAUUGUUGAAUGAAUUUGUGGAUGAAAGUGAUCCAGAUCUGGAUGAACCCCAGAUUGAACAUCUUCUUCAAUCUGCUGAAGCCAUUAGGAGGGAUUACCCUGAUGAUGAUUGGUUGCACCUUACCGCCUUAAUCCACGACCUGGGAAAGAUUCUGCUUCACGAGAAAUUUGGAGCUGAACCACAAUGGUGUGUCGUGGGUGACACAUAUCCACUUGGAUGUGCUUUUGAUGAAUCCAUUGUUCAUUACAAGCAUUUCAAGGACAACCCAGAUUUUGCAAAUCCAGUUUACCAAACAAAGCUUGGGAUUUACAAAGAGAAUUGUGGGAUUAACAAUGUCACAAUGUCAUGGGGGCAUGAUGAGUACAUGUACAUGGUGAUGAAGAAAAACAACUGCACCCUCCCUCCUGCUGCCUUCUUCGUCAUCAGAUUCCACUCUUUUUACCCAUUGCACAGAAAUGGAGCUUACAGUUACCUCUUGAAUGAUGAGGACAAGGAAAAUUUGAAGUGGCUUCACCUUUUUAACAAAUACGAUCUCUACAGCAAGAGCAAAGUUAGAGUUGAUGUGGAGAAAGUGAAGCCCUACUAUUUGUCCCUCAUUGAAAAGGUUGGGCCUAAACCAAAGUCUCACAUUUUCUGGGGUUGGGUUAAGAAAGUGAAUGUAAUAUCACUUCAAUUGGUUUUCACAUUGUUGUUACCAAAGCUUGGAUCCAGAAAAGGAGACAUCCCAUAUGAAGAAGGUGAAGAUGACUUUCUUUCGAACCUGUAUUUAAGAGGUAGGUUUUCAUCCCUUGUUAGUCUAUCCACGAGAGUUGGAAUCUGA